CACCCUCCCCAUCCCCUCCCUCCGUAUCAAUCUGCUGGUUCAGCACAAUACUAUAAACACUCGCCUUGAGCAACGUAAACACCAAACUCGUUUUCCUUUCUAAUCCGCGGAGGCCAUCGAGGAUAGCGGCGCUGGGGUUGUUAGAGAGCGUGAGGAGGAGGGAUGAUAAAUUAUUCAAAUUCCCCAAUAACCUCGCAUAUUCGUCCAAGACUUCUUGUUCCAGCGGACUGAGAGUUUCUUCUCCUUCGGAGGUUUGUGAUGUCGCGAAGUUUUGUUCUGCGCCGGAUGCUGCUGUGGGUUCUGAAGCCAUGAUUGCUUCCCUUGUGUGAAUUGUAUACGAUGCGUGGAGCUGAGGUAGCUGUGUGGAUGGGUGGAUGGGUGGGUAGGUUCUUGCUAUGCGUGUGCGCGUGCGUGUGUAUAGAAGACAGGGAGUGUAGGAGAUCGGGCAGCGGCGGGGUGAAUUGGUUUCGCUGGAUGCGCGUUCGUGUGCGGCUUGGAAUGUACUGCGUAGCUUGCUCAAGAAUGAUUCCCGAUACAAGAUUCUCGAUUUCGAUUUCGUAGGGUGGUUCGCGUGCCGGUAUCUGUCAAGGUAACUAUAUCGUGUCUUGGCCGUCGCUAUCGCGUUGUUUGACAAGAAACAAGGGUUCUCGCGAAUCGUUGUCGCGUCUUCCCCGCAAACUCCGCGUUGGUCCAUGCGUUCUUACCCUCAAAUCACU